UUUGCGUCUGCACUUUCCGAGUAUUUUAGCUUAGCCAGUCGUAAUCGGACGUUUUAACUAGUAGUAUGAUUCAUUUUUGGUCCUUAUCUUCAAUUGGCCGUUCUGUGUUUUGAAGGAUAAGUGAAUAUGGAUACCGCUACAAAAAUUAAGUUGCUUACGGUAACCGCUCUCGUUACUGCUUUGUUGGGAACUUAUUUUACUGCACUGCACAUCGACAGUCUUGCCAGGGAGAGAUAUAUUUUCAAACUAGGAAAUAGUCAUUCAGUUGUCAGGAAAGACUUGAGUUAUGAAAAUUCAGUGUCCCGAUAUCAGCAAAAGGUGCAUACCAAAGUCAUAGAUGCAAAACUGUUUCAAAAAUACAGUUUUAAUGUGAACUCAACAUUGGAAUAUAUUUUCCAGUAUUCAUACAAACAAGAUAUUGCUGCAAAUCAAGCUUUAUCUGUACAGGUUGCUAGCAAAACUGCUUUCAGAGAAAAUCCUGUUCUUGUAGUUGUUAGACAACAAAAAGCAGUUUUGUCAUGGCAACUUCCGCUUUUACUAGAAACAUCAAGUGGAUGGCAAGAAUACAGCAGUGUAAGCCGCCAGCUUUGCACUGAGCCCUUACAACGCAACAUGUCUGUAGAGCACGAAUUUUUUCUUGGUGUGUCAACAUCAGAUCCUAAAAACUUGAGCUUCGUAGCUUCUGUUACUCCCGUUGAAGAUUUUGUUGUCGAAUUAGACGGAAAUCAUACAGUCACACUGACGGCUUCUGAGCCGAAGUAUUAUCAAUUUCUGUUUCCGGAAGGCGUUACAAAUGUACUACUUACAGUUACAUCGGACGAUAAUUAUUGCAUGUCAGUCUCUAUUCAAAACUUAACGUGUCCUGUAUUCGAUAUGGACCAUGAUUUAAAGUAUGAUGGCAUAUGGCAAACUCUUAUGAACAAGACUGGAAUGACGAUAAGCCGAGAACGAUUUCCCUAUGGAUUUUUCUUUGUUUUCGUCGUCAAAGCUGACGAUUUUGAAUGCACAGGAAAGCGAAUUAAUCCACCACCUCUGAGAAAGAAAACUGUUCAUUUUACUAUCCAUGAAAAGGUUAGUUACAUUGACUUCAUGGCAGCUGUUAUCGGAGUUCUUGGAAUAUUUGCGCUCUUCUACAUUGGGGCUUUUGUCUCCUUUUGUUUCAAUUGUAGAAACACCGUACCCGAUGAACUGGAGCCGAGUUUACUUGAAGUACGGAACAGACCCACGCGUUAUGGUUCCAUCUCCACUCCUAUCGUCGGUCCAACUCCAACUGCUGCCUCAAGAGAUGUAGAAUCGGAACCUCUUUCACGCACAUCUUCCGCUCUGGACUUGACCGAUAUUGAUCUAAUGCCUGAUGCAUACAGUGAUAAAGAUGUUGUUCGGACCAAAACAUUUCUUUUCGUGGCUGAUCUUUCCCACAAAGGGUCACGGUUCCAUGGCAAAAAGUCGCAACUUUACAUGUGGAAUUUAUUGAUUGUCGCUGUAUUUUAUGCUCUGCCGGUUUUACAGCUUGUCAUCAUUUAUCAAAAAGUGCUGAAUGACACGGGUGACCAGGAUCUUUGCUAUUUCAACUUUCUCUGCGCUCAUCCGCUGGGGGAUUUGACAGAUUUCAACCACGUCUACUCCAAUCUCGGUUACGUUUUGCUGGGUCUUCUGUUCAUCAUCAACACCGCGCGCAGAGACGUUCUUAGGCGACAAGCUCAAGCAAAUCACGAUCGAUUGGAAAAGUAUUACGGAAUUCCUCAACAUUACGGCCUCUUUUACGCUAUGGGAACAGCAUUAAUGGUCGAAGGAGUACUCAGUGCCUGUUACCACAUAUGCCCUACACACGCCAACUAUCAGUUCGAUACAACUUUUAUGUAUGUUAUAAGCAUGCUUUGUAUGUUGAAGAUUUACCAAACUCGCCAUCCAGACAUCAACGCUGAAGCUCACGCAGCCUUUGCCGUUCUGGCUUUCGUCGUUCUAAUAGGAGUCAUCUCAGUGUUUGAAGACUCACUGACUUUUCGAAUCAUUUUCUCUGCCAUCCAUCUCCUUGCAUGUCUGGCUUUAUCUGCUCAAGUCUACUACAUGGGCAGAUGGAAAUUGAAUUUUGGAGUGUUCAAACGAAUUUAUAUGGUUUUUUGGAACGAUUUCCAAGCGGGACCAUCAAAUUGGUUCAGACCGAUGUACGUCGAUCGAAUGUUCCUAUUGGUCAUAGGAAUUCUUACGAAUGUGGGAUUGUCGGUGUAUGGAUUGAUGGAACGUCCUCCAGAUUUCGCUUCCUACAUGCUGGCAAUUUUCAUCACUAAUCUGAUGUUGUACACCACUUUCUACAUCAUCAUGAAAUUGCGGCACGGCGAGAAAAUCUUGUGUCAGGCGAUAUUUUACAUUGCCUUGGCCUCCCUUUCUUGGGGUGCUGCAAUGUACUUUUUCAUCAACAAAGCCAUCACUUGGAGAAAAAGAGCUGCCGAAUCUCGAGUUUUCAAUCAAGAGUGCGCGAUACUCAGUUUCUAUGAUUAUCAUGACAUUUGGCAUUUCCUUUCGGCUGCCAGUCUGUUCUUUUCCUUCAUGACUCUUCUUACUUUGGAUGAUGAUCUCGCUUACACGCCGCGUGAUAGGAUUCCAGUCUUCUAAGUUUCUCAUGAUAUAAAUUUGUCUCUAUCUUCAUUUCUGUAUUAUUGCUUAAAUUUUCUUUUUUAAAACGUUCUUCAAUGUGCUAGUCGUCUGGACUUACUGUAGGAUUUGGAAAUUGUCAAGAGUGAAAAAUAAACGAUCUAUUUGCGCACGAA